AUGGCAACCUACAAUGUCUAUAUUGCCGAGUACAUAUCGAUGCCGAUCUUCCACAAUUUACUCUAUAUCGAGUUUGAGCCAGGAAAAGGAAGAAUGUACCAUGUGACAGGAGGACACAACGUCGGAUGGCAAUACGAAACGAGAGAGAAGGACAAGAUCGAUGACUCCAUCCAGUUCUACGGGAAACAUCCAAAGGGGACAAUAGCCGGGGCGGAUCUACAAAAGGUGGACCAGAUUUGUCGCACAGUGCCAAUGCCGAGAAAUCAGGUCCUCUACGGAGUUCCACGUAAUAAGGAUUGCCGACAUUGGGUGCUCGACGCCCUGGCUAAGAUGGAGCAGCAAGGUGUUUUCAAACCGAGCAAGUAG